AUGGUCGUUUCGAUGUUAUCGUUAGAAGACAGUUUGGAGCGUUUCUGGAAAACUGAAGAGCUGACUACGAAAGACAACUACUCUAGCGAGGAAAGACACUGUGAAUCCUGUUACCAGUCAACUGUUUCUCGAAAUUCCGAAGGACGCUAUAUCGUUCGAUAUCCCAGAAAGCCAAACUUCAACGUGAUGCUGGUCCAGACAUAUGAACUACUCACUGUUACGUAUGGUCUCGGUCCGUCUUCAUACCUAGCAACUCGUACACUUCAGCAACUGACCGAAGACGAAGGGAUUUCUUACUCGUUGGCAGGAGCUGCUAUUAAAAAAUGUUUUUACGUAGACGACUUCAUAGGUGGAGCUCAAACCAUCGAAGAAACAAUCCGUCUACGCACCGAACUGAGCGACUUGUUGCACAAAGGAGGAUUUACACUACGAAAAUGGACUUCUAAUCAGCUCGAAGUUUUGCAAGGUCUUCCCAAUGAUGAGAUUGGUACUCAAUCUGCUUUACAUUUCAGCCCUAACGAGACAAUUAAAGCCCUUGGUAUUAGCUGGGAGCCUGAAGCCGAUCACCUUCGUUUCGACUCUCAAAUUCGAUGUAGUAAUGAACCGCCAACCAAGCGCACUAUUCUUUGGGAUAUAGCAAAACUAUUUGACCCUUUAGGACUAAUUGCCCCCGUUGUAGUUCGAGCAAAGAUACUGAUGCAAGAGUUGUGGCUGCUUUUGUGCGGAUGGGACGAUCCUGUUCCAGAACCUAUUAAAACCAAAUGGGGGAAGUAUUACCACGAAUUGGCGAAUAUCUCCGAAAAUCGAGUAGACAGAUACGCGUUUCUACCUGACUCAGUUGUACAACUGCACACAUUCGCAGAUGCAUCCAUACCUGCAUACGGUGCCUGCACAUACGUCCGCUGUGAAAGCAAAGGGGAAGUAAAAAUACGACUACUGGCUUCGAAGACACGCGUCGCUCCGCUGAAACGAAUAAGUAUUCCUCGUUCGGAGUUGUGUGCGGCAGUACUAGCAGCCCAUGUACAUGCUCACAUAAAGAAAGCUAUCGAUGUAAACGUUUCAGAAUCAUAUUUUUGGUCUGACACAUCUGUCACUCUGCACUGGCUACGAUCACCACCGAAUGUUUGGCCUAACUAUGUGGCUAAUAGAGUAUCUGAAAUUCAACAGCUUACACAUGGUCGUCAAUGGAAGCAUGUUCCCGGAUGUGAAAAUCCUGCUGACCUGGCUUCACGUGGCAUGUCGGUUGACGAGUUUUUGAAAAACGAUAUUUGGAUCAGCGGUCCCACUUGGUUAUCACGUCCACUCCAAGAUUGGCCAGAAUCAAUUCCACCAAGUGUUUCACACGAGGAAUUGGAAAUCAAAACUACCGUCGCAGUUACUCAAAUAACGCCAACAGUACAUCCCUGGUUUCUCCGGUGGUCGUCAUACGGCCGUCUUCUUCAUGUCAUUGGGUACUGCAUGAGAUUCGUCAACAAUACCCGAGCUAAAAUACGCACGCAGCCGCCCAUCUCGCCCGAAGUUAUUGUAGGCCGUACACUCACCGUAAAUGAGCUUGCCAAGUCCAAAACGUUCCCCAUUCGGUUGGCGCAGAAUGAUGAAAUUGUCGCAGAAAUCAGCAAGUUGGAUAAAAAUAAAUCGGUAUCGAAACGUUCCCAUAUUCGCCAAAUGACGCCGUUCUUAGAUGCAGAGAGAGUGUUGAGAGUAGGAGGUCGUUUAAACUUCGCACAGCUACCAUAUCAAGCAAAGCACCCGGCUUUGAUUCCAACAAACCAUCCGUUCACACGACUGAUAGUUGAGGAUUUCCAUCGCAAAUUACUACACGGCGGCGGACGUCUGCUAUUAACAGCAAUCCGAGAAGAAUUCUGGCCACUCAACGGUCGAAGACUAGUCCGCAACGUAGUCAGAAAUUGUUUCCGUUGUACUCGCCUCAAUCCGGUACCUGCGCAGCAACAAAUAGGUCAACUGCCUGUAUCGAGAGUUAUUCCCAGUCGUCCCUUCAGUGUUACAGGUGUUGAUUAUGCCGGUCCACUCUAUCUUCGUCCUAUUCACAAACGUGCCGCUCCCGCCAAGGCCUACCUGUGCGUAUUCGUGUGUUUUUCGACCAAAGCAGUUCACUUAGAGCUAGUGAGCGAUUUGUCCACUCAGGCCUUUUUAUGUUCAUUGCGAAGAUUCAUCGUGCGACGCGAUCGACCCGCACACAUUCAUUCCGAUAAUGGGAAAAAUUUUGAAGGGGCUAAAAACGAUCUUACCGAACUGUUUACGAUGCUUAAAGACGGUUUUUAG